ACAUCACCUGGAGUCAGGCAAGGAUGGGGUGAAAGAAGCAGAGAUGGGUGGGAUGGGGACCAAACACAGCGGAGUCAUAGCUGCCAUAGGAUGGAAAUAGCUUUAUUGUGGUGGAUGAAGAAUGCUUUGCAAAAGACAUCUUGCCAAAGCAUUUUAAACAUAGCAACAUGGCUAGCUUUGUUCGGCAGCUCAAUUGGUAUGGCUUUCAUAAAGUUGUAAAUGAUGAACCUGGUGUUGUUAAGCAAGAAAAAUAUUGUUCGGGCAGAUAUCAGCAUGCAUUUUUCAAGCGUGGCCAUGAAGACCUGCUUACUAAGAUUAAAAGGAAGGUACCUGUUCCUCGAAUUGAUGAAGGUAAAAAUGUGCCAGAUGAUAAUCACAAGAUAUUGGCAUUCCUCCAUCAGUUGCAGGGAAGGCAGGAUGUAAUUGAGUCUACUGUGGAAUCUUUGAAAAGGGAAAACAAAUCACUGUGGAAAGAGGUCCUAGAGUUGAGGCAGAAACAAUUCCAAAAUCCUCCAGACUAUGAAUCAGUUGCACCAUCUCAGUCUUAUGAUAGAAUGUCAGCACACGAGCCACUUAUGAUUGAUAAUACUGGAAACUACAAUCAAUUAUCAGUUCCCAAAAGUCCACAGAACACAGAACAGGUGUUUGACAACACAGCUUCAUGGUCUGUUAAUGGGGAUGUAACCAGGGGCACCAAAAGGACCUAUUCAAUGAGAGAGGACCCUUUGGAGAGUUCCGCUGAGGAAUCUAGUGGCCAGUUAAUGAGUGUAACAAUACCCGAAGUGUAUGAGAGUUAUCAAGCUGCCGACUCUGAUCAUAAACCAGAUACAUCCUCAAGCGAAAGUGAGGACAUUGGCAAUGAAGAUACUGCACCAGAACUUAGCCCAGUGUUACCUGGACGCAUCAAGACAUUUAACAGGGAUAAAAAAACAAAAAGAAGAAGAAACGGAGAUCAUCAUGAGUAUGAAGCAUUGUAUAAUUAUGGCUGCAGUGGAUCAGAAGAUGCAGAGGAAACUAAGCCCUCUUUUGCAGACUCUGGAUUUUCAAAGAAAUGCCAUAAAUCCUGCAAAGCCUCCUUUGUCAAGAUUGAUGAUAGGCUAAGAAGAAUGCAUGAAGAAAAUACUAUGCUGACUAAAAGAAUCAUAGAUUAUGAGAAUCAGUCUGUCCAGAAACUUUCUGAAAUCUCAACAGUUUUGUCUACAUUAGCCAAUUUUAUUAUGAUUUCAGGAAAUGCACAAAAAACAAUUCCUCCAUCUUCUCUGACUGCAGACAUGACUGGAACGCAGCAGUAUGUGAGCCGGGGCUCCCAAUGCCACCGUUCUGGUAUGUGGUCUGCAAUGGCAGAUAACACUCGAGCCAAGAAACAACUACAUCCUAAAACAGAAGAUACAGAUAUGUAACAUGCCAUUAAUUACCCUUAUGGAUUAAAUGUAUAUAUUCUUCUUUAAACUGCCUUGGAACUCCCAGUGUUCCUUACCACUGUAUGAAUUUAGUUUUUUUAAAUUACUUGUUUGCGGAGAGUUUAGAAGCAUGUAUGCAUUUAUUGUUGGUUAAUCCCUUACCACCCAUCAGCCAUUUAAUUUGACAUUUCAAUGAGUUAGGACUUUAGUUAAGAGCCUCUCCUGAUUAUAUGAAAGGGCAACUGUUUGCAUGAGCCAGAAAUCACCAGUAACUCUCAGAGUUUAGGUGUUUGGUGUGUGAGUUAGACCCCAUUAUUUGUUCAUUAAUUGUUUUUGCCUUUUCAUUGUGUGACUUGUAUACCUCCUAAUAUGGCUAUUUUCUGUUUUGAUAGAUAUAAGUUUUAUGUGUUUAUUUUUUCAAGAAUUGCAUAGUAAUGUCUGUUUUCCCAUACAAUGUGAGAUCUGGCUGUUUUACAAAUGAAGGAAUGUUUAUGGAGGGACUUUCAAUCUUGGUGAUGAUCCUGAUUCCCAGAAUCCCUUCAGAGAUGACCUGGCAGGAGGCACUGCUAGUUACAGGCCCAUACUAAUUUUUUUGAUGGAAGGAUAUUUAGUGAGUUCUUUCACUCUCUCUUAUUUUCUUGCAUCAAUUAUUUUUAAAACUUUUCUUGUGCAGAUUUUUUAAUUCCACCAUCAUAUUUUAUUCACAAAAAUAAAAAUCUUGCCCGCUUAUUUAAAAAACAAAACAUGAUUUCUAUAUUGGUUUCAAGUCCAAUAAACCAUGCCAUUGUUCAUUUUAAUUUAUUUCUAGGAUUAUUUCUUGCUGAACGCAAUCUGCAGAUUCCAUUAAGUUUUCCUUCGUGAUCUGGAAGUACAGUACUUUUAAGCAACACUAAUGGAGGCCUAGGCCAAAUCUACUUAUUCAGGCAGCAACUAUAGAUGAAUACUGAGGUCAACUUUUUCAGCAAAAGUCUGUUUACUUAAUCUGGAACCUACUGGGAUAUGUAAUGUCCCUAAAACCACUGUGUUACCUUUUCAUAUUUCUAUACUCUUUCUGCCAAUUAAUGUGGCACUUGCACUAAUUCAGUGAGCAGACUAUCCGUUAUAUAAUUACUCACCCUUUAGUUUUGGCUGUUUCUUUUUUCUCAGUUACACCUCUUUGUCAGCACUGCAGAUAAUCUCUAAAAGAUAAUGGUGCCAAUACUGUACUGAUGGGCUUGGGUUAACAAGGUGAUGUGAUUUGCUUGGCUUUCACUGGACAUCUCUUAGUACUGGAAGCAAAACAUUUCUUAAUUGUUUUUAAAGUUAUCCCUGUUUAUAUAAAACUGAUACUAUAAAGAGGUUAAAAAAAACUAGUCGGCUUCAUAAUAUAGAUCCUGUUAUAAAUUGCCUUUGCAUAUUCACAUCUGCUGUAAAGAAAUAAAUUAAUGCUGUACUAUACAGCAUUCUUCUAAAAGCUAUCAGCAAAUAAGAUUGCAUUACAAUAAAUCACUCGAUGCUUCCUUUAGUUAAACCUUAUAAACGUACCUAACAGCUACAAGUUUGUGCCUUAGUAAUGCCAAAUGAAUCCCCCUUUAUAAUAAAAUAAAAAUUCUAACUUUUAAAUGCUUUUCAGUGAAAGUAUAACUUAUUGGAGUGGAUUUAAAAAAAAAAACAAACCAUAAAAAUGGAUUUUGUGUGAGGACUUUGUAUGAAUACACAAUAGUCAAAGCAUUACUCCUUGUCAGGGGCCUAUAAUCUGCACUUGAUAAGGAACAACAAGUACUGAAGCGUGCACACGAGGAAAGGCUACAGGUAUCUCAAAGGAAACUUUCUUUUUAGGAAAUAUCUUGUUUCAUUAACAUAAUGAAUUUCAUUUAUAAGAGACUUUUUUUUCUUAUGUACAGAAAUGUUAUUUUCCACUUUUGUGUUUGCAUUUUAGAGACAUUGAAUUUUAAUUAGAAUUUUGGGUGGGAAAAAAUUCAGUUUUACUUAAAAAUGCAAUGUGGUCACCAUAAGUUUUACCUGUUUUGCUAUUAAUGCAUACCAUGCAUUUUUCUGGCUAUGCUGUGGCGACAAAGGUAACAGGUUAUUUUUGCAAGAAAGCUGCAGAGGCCUGUAAAUUUUUCCUGCACAAGCUGACCUGGCUAUGUCAGUUUUGUUAAGUCAGUGGUUUAAUGAGCUGUUUGGAGCAUAGCCCCUAUUGGUUGAGAUAAACGAUAAUAAUCAGAAAACUCCAUACAUAUUAAAGGGAGUUAUCAUUAAUUAUAUAAUGUGUUAUACAUUAACUCAACCAGCACCUUAAAAUAACCCUAACCCAUAAGAACAAAAUUGGUGCUAUUGUUGGAAGGGCCACUCAUAAGUAUGUCUAAGAAAAUAAACUAUAUAUAUAAAUUUUAAUUAGAAUCUUUGUAUGAGCUGCAAACUCGGCUGAGUCUUUGACAAAAUGAUCAUCGAGGCAUGGAGAUGUGUUGAACUGGAGGAAGGCUCCCUCUGUAAGACAUAUUUCUAUAAGCAAAUGCCAUUACCAGAUUUUACGGUUGAUGAAUGGUUGUUUGACACACAAGUAUAUUUUGAUCCACUUUUGCACUGCGCAUCUCUCCUAUGUUUAAACUUUGGGGUUAUGCCAUCUUGUUUUGUAAGGAUUACGACUCCUUUGGAGUACAUGUUUAUACAUCACAAUCUGAUCUUAUAACAUUAACUAAUACAGUCAUUAUUCUCAUUGUUGGAUUUAGUACAUGAUAUUCAGUUCUAGAGUGUAUAUUUAAAAAUUAUCUCUCAUCUAACAUGUUGCAUUACUGGAAUUCAAAACAUUUUUGGACUGUUUGUAGUGCACAGCAGUUCUAUAAUUUUGAUACUGCAUGAAUUACUAUAUAAAGCUUGUACUUAAAAUGUCAAUAUAUAUAGUUUGUCUUAAACAUUCCAUAAAUGUGUGAUAGUUUUGAUGAGGGGUCCCUCCAGCAAUAGCAUUAUCUUUGUUCUUAUGGGUACGGUUAUUUUAAGGUGCUGGUUGAGUUGAUACAUAAUACAAUACAUAAUAAAUGGUAAUUCUCUUUUUUUUUUUUUUUAAUAUGUAUUUUUUUUUAUUAUUAUGUUCUAUAUCAACCAAUAGGGUUUAUGCUCCAAACAGCUCUGUGUGGUAUUAUGCUGUAUAAAUAGAUUUUUGGGCACUGGUUACAAUUUAUUUGAAUAUAUUUGCUAACUGAACCUGCCAUUUUUCUGUUGUAGUGUAUUUUAAAAACUAUUAACCUACUUACACACAAGCGUUUUAAAAUGCCUUUAGGUGAUAGGGUGACAUUUGCUCAGCAAAAUCCAACAUGCGGUGCUCCACAUAUCCUCCUAGCCUGACUUCUGGAAAACCGGAAAUCAUUUGUUGCUGCUGUACGAAUAUGGUUUUUUAGCCUACCUUUUAAUAGUUCUCCAUCUUUGUCUAAAUUCCUUCAGCUUAGGUUCCGAGAGAGUGGGUGUGUGGGCAGUGUUACUUCAUAGGUGUAAUUUACGUACGCUUUUCACUGCUUGCAGCUCUUACAGAAAUUUAACCAAAGAAGUAACACUGCCCACAAGCCCCCUCUCUUGGAACAUAAGCUGAAGGAAUUUAGAUGCCGAUGGAGACAGACUUAAAAAAAAAAAACUUCCAUACAGCGACAACAAUUAACUUCCGGUUUUGACAGAAGUCGGGAUGGAAGAAGAUGUAGAGCACCACAUGUUGGAUUUAGUAGAGCAAAUGUCGCCCUAUCGCCUUAUUUGAAAUAUAAAAAGCAAAGUUUUAUCACAAUAUUUUUAAUAAAGCAUUGGAGAUAAUAAAAUUUGUGCAGGAUAUGGUAAUUAUUGGAGCAAAGUAGAAAAGAAUUUGUAUGAAAUGUAGUUUUACAGUUCCUUUAAGCAUCUUUGUCUCCUGUCUAAAUAAAAAUCUACAAUCUACCACCCACCACCCAGUGAAAAAACUCCUCUUCCAUGGGCAGUGGGAGCACUCAACAAAAUCUGCCACUUCACUUCCAUUUGAAUCGCCAAAUAUAAAAAAAAACACUACAUGCAGCAAGCUCUGGUAUUCAGCGAAAAUGCAGAAGGAAGCAUUUUUGAUCGAAUACCUGGGUUUGCAACAUGUAAUAUGUUUUACAUGCGGCAAUUCAAAAGGAAGUAAAGAGGCAGGUAUUGUCAGGCACUUUAUCGCCCAAUGGUGAGGAGAUUUCUCGUUGGUGAUGAAGCACCCCGUCUAACAUUGCCCUUAAGGUUGCCCUAUAUUGUCCAUGCUAUGUUAUGCUCUCCAACCCAUCGACCCACAAGCCAAACAGUUGAAGAAUGUACGAGUGGCUGCACAUGUUAUGGCUACCUUACUAUAGUUCCAGCCAUUUGUGCAGAACCCUCAAAUGUUCUAUCAAAACGUCCCUCUAAGAUAAAAUACCUGACCACAUUUGGUUGCAUGAUUAAAAAAGCCAAAUUACCUGACCUAAUAUAGGCAUGUAUGUCCUCAGUUGUUCUUUGCAACCAGAAGUCAAACAAAAAAGGAACAGUAAAGUAAUUCUACUGAAAAAUAAAAUGCAGGGGUAACUGAUGGCAUUUCUAUGCUCUCUGCAUUCCUUUUGCAAAAAGGUCAUGUAUUUGUCCAUUUUUGUGUUGUAGAAUGUUAGUAAUGUUACAUAGAAUAUUUUGUUAAAAAAUGUUUAUUUUUGUUUAAAGGUUUUGCUUAUAUUUUGCUGUUUUUUCUUAAAUAAAACAUCUAC